AUGCCGCCAUUGCGCCAGCUUUCACGCGCGCUGCAAGCCGCCAGGCGGCCCCAAUUACAACCCCGAGUAUGGCAUCAACAGGGACGACUGCUCGCUCGGAGCUGCUCGUGCUCAGCCCCUCAGCAAUUCCAGCAUACAGUCACGGUUUCAUCUGAAGACGCCACCAGCGCGCGACUCGAUCCAACCCCAACCAGCCCUCCUACGCCUCCUCUAGACCAUCGAACGCUCGCGCAAACGCAUAAUCUCUUCAUCACUUCGCCGUACAGUCCUGGUUCGCCGCUCAUUCUGCCCAAUGGCGCCUAUGUGUUCCAGAAGUUGCAGGCCUUCCUCCGCGCGCAAUACCCACAGUUCGGCUUUCACGAGGUCAUCACGCCCAUAAUAUACAAAAAAUCGCUGUGGGAAAAGUCUGGGCACUGGGAGAACUAUGCCGAAGAUAUGUUUAGCGUACAGGGGCGGGGCGCCACUUCUCAAAUACCAGAAGCCGAGGGCGGCGAGGAUGGCGAGUUUGGACUCAAGCCCAUGAACUGCCCAGGCCACUGCUUGCUAUUUCGAGACGAGAUCAGGAGCUACAGAGACCUCCCAGUCAGGCUUGCCGAUUUCAGUGCCCUGCAUAGGAAUGAGAUCUCAGGCGCAUUAACAGGGUUGACGAGGGUCCGGCGUUUCCACCAGGACGAUGCACACAUUUUCUGUCGCCCAGACCAAAUCCUGGCAGAAAUUGAGCAAACGCUCAAGUUUGUAGGCAUGGUGUACAAUACGUUUGGCUUGGGUCCAUACAAGUUGCUUUUGUCUACCCGACCAAAGGACAGCUUCAUUGGCACCAUUGAGGAAUGGGAUCGCGCCGAGGAACAGCUGACAACUGCGCUGAACAAUAUCGGUAGCGAGUGGUCUAUCAAUCAGGGCGACGGAGCAUUUUACGGCCCAAAAAUUGACAUCAUCUUGAAAGAUUCAAAUGGCAAAGAACACCAAACGGCUACCAUCCAACUCGAUUUUCAGUUACCACAGCGCUUCAACCUCCAAUACCAGGCAUCGCCCGAGGAGUUGGAGGCAGGCUCCCAGACAUCCAUGGAUACAGGCCUUGAUUCAGCACUACGUCGUCCUGUCAUUAUCCACCGUGCUAUAUACGGAUCAAUUGAGCGCUUCAUGGCUCUGCUCAUUGAACAUUAUGCCGGAAAAUAUCCCUUUUGGCUUUCCCCCCGCCCAGCCAUUGUGUUAUCAUUGAAUUCAGACCCCAAGGUUCUGGAGCAUGUUUCGCACAUCCAGUCGGUACUAUCGGGCUUGAAGCCACAGGACGCUUUAGAAGCGUCAUCAUCAUCAUCCCCAAAGCCUCUACCUCUGUCGACUAUCCACCUUCCUGUUGAUAUCGACACAAAUGACCGUUCACUUGGAAAAAAGAUUGCCGAAGCAAGAAGAAAAAAGUACAACCAUAUCAUCGUUGUUGGCGGUCGUGAAGUGGACAGCAACAGUCUGAACUUGCAGCUAGUUAACCAGCCCCAAGAGGACGUUACAUUUGAAGUUUUGGAAAAGAAACUGGAGAGACAGCUCACCGACCAAGAGCGCUCCAAGGGCGUGAACGUGCCAUUAGACGUCGCCAGGAAAUACUUUGAACAGCUGGCCAACUCCUUUCUUUAA